AUGAAGACCCCUGCCCAAGGACCACCGACCCACCACUGGGAGGUAAAACAGGUUUUGCAGCAAGCAGAGGAAACGCCCGCCGCGUUCCUCGAGAGAUUGAAGGAGGCAUACCGCAUGUAUACGCCUUACGAUCCGGAGGACCCAGGACAAGCCACUGGUCUUGCCAUGGCAUUUAUCUGGCAGUCCGCCCCAGAUAUCUGUAAUAAGUUACAGAGGCUGGACAAUUUACAGGGAUACAGGGGCGCAGCACUCCAUUUUGACCAGGUCCCCUGGCACGUUGAGCGGCCGCACACGGCCUGGGUCCAGGGAGCCACAGGAGGGAAGACCUACCGCUGGACCACCGACCGGCAAGUGCAACUAGCGACUGGCAAGGUAACCCACUCCUUCCUCCAUGUCCCAGACUGUCCAUACCCGUUGCUGGGUAGGGACUUAUUAACUAAAUUAAAGGCUCAGAUACAUUUUGAAAAGACUGGGGUUAGCAUCACUGACCCAUCGGGAAAGCCCUUGCAUGUCCUCACCUUGUCCAUAGAAGAUGAAUAUAGACUACAUGAAUGAAGCAAAAAGGCCCCAACCGAUAUGGAGGGAUGGCUACUCAAGUACCCCCAAGCAUGGGCAGAGACCGGGGGCAUGGGUCUUGCCGAUAGCUAGCCACCCAUAAUUGUGUCCCUGAAAGCGAACGCCAUCCCAAUCGCCGUGAAGCAGUACCCAAUGUCCAAGGAAGCCAGAGAAGGCAUAGCUACUCACAUCAAUAGACUGUUGGAUCAAGGGAUCCUCGUACCCUGUAAGUCCCCCUGGAACACCCCUCUAUUACCCGUCAAAAAACCAGGAACGGGGGACUACAGACCAGUCCAGGACCUCCGAGAGGUUAAUAAAUGGGUUGAAGAUCUACACCCCACAGUACCCAACCCCUACAACCUCCUUAGUGGGCUAUCGCCUACCCUCGUCUGGUAUACGGUCCUGGACCUCAAGGAUGCCUUCUUUUGCUUGAGGCUCCACCCCAACAGCCAGUUGUUAUUUGCCUUUGAAUGGAGAGACCCAGCUCGGGGAAUCUCCGGUCAGCUGACCUGGACAAGGCUACCCCAAGGGUUUAAGAACAGCCCCACUCUCUUUGACGAGGCACUGCAACGGGAUCUAGCUGUUUUUCGGGUCCAGCACCCCUCUCUGAUUCUACUCCAGUACGUAGAUGAUUUGCUGCUGGCGGCUAUGUCAGAGGAAGACUGUCGCCGGGGUACCGAGACCCUACUCCAGGUCUUGGGGAGUCUGGGGUACCGGGCGUCGGCCAAAAAAGCCCAGCUCUGUUUAAAACAAGUCACCUAUCUGGGCUACAAAAUAAGGGAGGGGCAGAGGUGGCUAACUGAGGCCAGAAAGCAAACCAUUCUAAACAUUCCUGCCCCAAGAACCCCCCGACAAUUACGGCUGGGGACCGCAGGGUUCUGCCGCCUCUGGAUCCCGGGUUUCGCUGAGUUGGCCGCCCCCCUCUAUCCCCUCACGUGGACCGGUAUCCUCUAUAACUGGGGAACAGACCAGCAGCAGGCCUUUGAGAAUAUCAAACAGGCCCUCCUACACUCCCCAGCCCUGGGACUGCCCGACUUGCUGAAGCCCUUCGAGUUAUACGUUGACGAAAGACAGGGCUACGCGAAAGGGGUGUUAACCCAGAAGCUGGGACCAUGGAGGAGGCCAGUGGCCUAUUUAUCCAAGAAACUGGACUCAGUGGCCGCAGGAUGGCCACCCUGCCUCCGGAUGGUAGCAGCGAUAGCAAUUCUGGUUAAAGAUUCUGGCAAACUGACUAUGGGUCAGCCCCUCACCAUUCUGGCCCCACAUGCUGUCGAAGCAAUCAUCCGGCAACCCCCGGACAGAUGGCUCACCAAUGCGAGAAUGACUCAUUACCAAACCUUACUAUUAGAUACCGACCGAAUCCGGUAUGGGGCCCCGGUGGCCUUAAAUCCGGCCACCCUCCUACCUCUCCCUGGCACCCCCGAACACCAUGACUGUCAGCAGAUUCUGGCCGAGGUACAUGGCACUUGCCCAGACGUCUCGGACUUGCCCCUCCCCAACCCUGAACACGUCUGGUACACGGACAGGAGCAGCUUCGUGGAGCACGGAGAGCGGCGGGCCGGAGCGGCGGUGACCACGGAAGAUCAGGUAAUAUGGUCCCAAGCCCUACCUGCAGGAACCUCCGCUCAGAGAGCGGAGCUCGUAGCUCUGACCCAGGCCCUAAGACUGGCAGAGGGAAGGAGAUUGACGGUGUAUACCGACAGCAGAUAUGCCUUCGCCACGGCCCACAUCCAUGGCGAAAAAUACAGAAGGAGAGGUUUGCUUACCUCGGAGGGAAAAGAGAUUAAAAAUAAAAAAGAAAUACUAGCCUUGCUACAGGCCAUCCAUCUGCCGCGAGCUCUCAUUAUCAUCCAUUGCCCAGGGCACCAGAAAGGGGACACUCCAGUUGCAAGAGGCAACAGGAUGGCCGACUGGGCGGCGAGGGCGGCCGCCACCGAGGGAAAAUGGGUCGAAGCCCUAUCGGUUGACUCUAGACCGCAUUAUGAUGACUCCCGAUGGGAAUACACGGAACAAGAUGUAGUGUUGCCCUACAAAAUGGGCCGCCAUUUGAUCUCCUGGCUGCAUCGCCUCACGCAUCUCAGCUACCAGAAGAUGAAAAAGCUUCUAGAAUGGGAGGAAGAGGUUUACUUCUUUCUACAGAAGAACGAUCUUCUCAAAGAAAUCACUGAACGUUGUGACGCCUGUGCCAGGGUGAAUGCUUCUAAGAUCAAGCUGCCUCCGGGUAUAAGAACCAGAGGUCACAGGCCCGGCACUCACUGGGAAGUAGACUUUACUGAAAUAAAACCGGGUAAGUAUGUAUAUAAAUAUCUGCUGGUUUUUGUAGAUACCUUUUCAGGAUGGCCGGAGGCAUUCCCGACAAGACACGAGACUGCCGCUGUGGUGGCCAAGAAGCUAUUGGAAGAAAUCUUCCCCCGAUACGGAAUGCCCCAGGUAGUAGGGUCAGAUAAUGGUCCCGCCUUCAUCUCUCAGGUAAGCAGAACAGUGGCCACCUUGUUGGGGAUUGAUUGGAAACUACAUUGUGCAUACCGACCCCAGAGCUCAGGACAGGUAGAGAGAAUGAACAGAACGAUUAAGGAGACCUUAACCAAGUUAACGCUUGCAACUGGCACUAGAGACUGGGUCCUCCUGCUACCACUUGCCCUGUAUCGGGCUAGGAACACGCCCGGAUCACAUGGGUUGACCCCAUUUGAGAUCCUGUUUGGGGCCCCGGUGCCCAUUGUUAAUUUCUUAGGCCCCGAUGUUUCUGACUAUGCUAAUACCCCUUCUCUACAAGCCCAUCUACAGGCCCUCCAGCUGGUCCAGAAGGAGGUGUGGGAACCUCUAGCCCAGGCGUACCGGGACCAAAGAGACAAUCCGGUCGUGCCCCAUCCGUACCAGAUUGGAGACGCUGUCUGGGUCAGACGCCAUCAGACCAAAAACCUCGAACCUCGCUGGAAGGGACCAUAUUUGGUUCUGUUGACCACCCCCACCGUGGUGAAGGUUGACGGGAUUGCCGCUUGGAUCCACGUGAGCCACGUCAAGCUGGUCCGAUCAAACGACCCUCAGCCACAAGGAACAUGGACAGCCCAUCAGGGAAGCCCUCACACCCCGCAACUCUUAACUUGGCAGGUGUUCUCCCAGACGGGGGAGAUGGUCUGGUCUCUCUCAGGCUACCACACGCCGGGUACCUGGUGGCCCACCCUCACUCCCGACUUCUGCCACCUGGCCGCCGGGCUGGAGACCUGGGACAUCUCCACAGUCGGGGCCCAUGAGAUGACUCAAAAUAUACAGUCUCCCCUGCCACCCCUAGGAAAGACCUGGCCACAAGGAUGCCGCAAUCCUAGAGCUAGAUGUCUCCUGGCACAAAUGGACUUCUACGUCUGCCCUCAACAAAGACAGUCUCGAGCCUUAAGAUGUGGGGGAUACGAGAGUUAUUUCUGUGCCAAUUGGGGUUGUGAGUCCACGGGGGAUGCCUACUGGAAACCCAGGUCAUCCUGGGACCUGAUUGAGGUACACCGUAAUUAUUCACGGCCCCCUCUGGGCCGCUUUGACUGUGAUUAUGGCUCCAGUAGAUGGGGCUCUUGAUCCUGCAACUCAGCCACCUGUCUCCCCCUCAACAUUACCUUCACCCAAAAAGGCAAACAGGACUAUACUCAAUGGUUAAAGGGAAAAACCUGGGGACUGAGAUGGCACAUGCCAUGGGAAGAUAGAGGCGUUAUUCUCAAAAUCCGUUUGACCGCCCAAACUGGUUCGGCCCCUAUCGGGCCAAACCCCGUGCUGGUGGACCAACGGCAUCCCUCCGACCCAUCCGCCCCUAAGCCAGAAUGCCUUCCCUCACUGAACGCCACCAAUUCGCCCCCCGCCAGCACCACUGAGGCUGCCCAACCCGGCACGGGGGACCGGCUUAUAGGCCUUAUCCAGGGGGCCUACCUAGCCCUAAAUGGGACUCAACCUGACAAGACUCAGGAUUGCUGGCUCUGCUUGAUGUCAAGCCCUCCCUACUAUGAGGGCACUGCAGUGGUCGGGAACUAUUCCAACCACACUUCCCCACCGCCUACGUGUACCGAGGGAUCCUCACACCGAUUGACCCUAACUGAAGUCUCAGGACAGGGUACAUGUCUAGGGAAAAUUCCUCCCUCUCAUACCCUCCUCUGCAACUCUACCCAGACCUUGGGCCCAGGAACAUACUAUUUGGCCGCCCCUAAUGGCACUUACUGGGCAUGCAGCACAGGUAUGACUCCCUGUGUAUCUGCCGCCUUUAUGAACAUGUCCCGGGACUACUGUGUCCUAGUCCAGCUAUGGCCGAGAAUUACUUAUCAUACCUCAGAAUAUUUUGUCAGCCAGUUCGAAGAAAGAUCCCAACUUCGAAUUAGGAGGGAGCCGGUCACAUUAACGCUGGCCCUCAUAUUGGGGGUUGGGGGAAUAGCGGCUGGGAUAGGCACUGGGGCUAAGGCUCUUUCAGAAACCACCCAGUACCACCAACUACAGACAGCCAUGCAGUCGGACAUUAGAAUCCUUGAGGAAUCGGUAACGGCCCUCGAGAAGUCACUCAAGUCUCUGUCUGAAGUAGUCUUGCAGAAUAGGAGAGGUCUGGACCUAUUGUUCCUUAAGGAAGGGGGAUUAUGCGUAGCUCUAAAGGAAGAAUGUUGCUUUUACACCGACCACACUGGAAUCGUGAGUGACAACAUGGCCAAGCUGAGGCAGAGAUUAGAUCAGAGGCAGAAAUUCUUAGAUGCCCAACAGGGUUGGUUUGAGGGCUGGUUCAAUAGGUCACCCUGGUCUACUACCCUAAUUUCUGCCACAGCAGGGCCCAUAAUGGUUCUCAUUCUCAUUCUGAUAUUGGGGCCCUGCCUUCUUAACCAUUUAACCCAGUUCGUGAAGGAUAGGUUCUCUGUCAUACAUGCAAUGGUUUUAACACAACAGUAUCAACAACUUAAACAGAUGGACCCAGGGCUGACUAAACCACUUGAAUGA